AAACAGGUUCUUAUUAGUUACUAAGAUCAGUUUGUAUAUUCGCAUUAGAAAAGUAAUCUCAAUCAUAAUAUAAAUCUCAUUCACAAUCACAAACUACAUGAAAAGAUAGUAAGGAGUAAAGAGGCCAGGGUUGAUCAUGCAGGAUGCAAUUAACUGGGAUCAUAAACAGAAGAGAGCAAAAUCUAACAAUGAGAAAAACUGUGAAGAUCUCAUCAACCAAUUGCCAAAUGGAAUUCCUGGAGCAAUUUUAUCCAAAUUGCCAAUAAAUGAAGCUGCAAAGACCAGCAUCCUCUCAAGGAAAUGGAGAUACAUGUGGACCUUUUAUUCAGGGACCUUAGAAUUUGAUGGUUCACCAGUUAUGAAAGACAUGAAAAAAGACCUUAAGAGGGUUAGAGGAAGGCACUUACAAAUGGCAAUGGAGACCAUGUUUGAUGCUGAGAGGCAAACAUACAUAAAUUGGACUAAUGAAUUGUUGAGUUCACUUAAAAGUCCAACUCUACAAGGAUUGAAGUUUUGGUUUCAUGUGGGCAAAGGGUAUAAUGUUGACAAAUGGGUUCAGUUUGCCAUUCAAAAGAAGGUUCAAAAGCUUGAGUUGUAUUUUGGGCAGGCAUUUGAAUAUGUUCUUCCACUGCAAAUGUUUAAACUUGCAGGUUUUAAUUCCUUGCGUGUCUUGCGUCUGAGAUCCGUUGCUGUGACGAAAGAGAUGCUCGAGUAUUUGCUGUGUUGUUGCCCGCUACUUGAAACGCUGAGCUUGAUUUCCUCAGAAGUUCCAGAAACCAUGAAGGUUAUAGAUCAAUCACUCAAGCUGAAGUGCCUGGAAUUGGUAAAAUGUUGGAACCCUGCAAGCCUUGAGAUUUUUGCUGAGAAUUUAGUGUCAUUCAAAUACUUUGGACCCUGUUUGGACAUAAAAUUUAAGAGUGUUCCAAGACUUGAGGAAGCAACAUUUAGAGGAGCCUUAGAGACAUUCGUUAGACUAAGCUUUCUCCCACAAAUAAAAAUGCUUAAAUUGGAUAUUACAGAAAACGCACCUGAAGAGAUUUACUGGUUACAUCAACUUCCUGACUUAAACAAUCUCAAGCAUUUGGAGUUGGUUGUGUGUAUUGAUGAUGACAGCACACUUAGUGAUUGUGUUCUGCUACUGAAGGCAAUGCCUUCAUUAUGGAGGUUCACACUCAAGAUGCAAAAUACAAAACCCACUUUCAGAACAGAACGCAAAUUAACUGUAGAAUCCGAGUACAGCAUUAAGGAGUUAGAGUUGGUUGGGUUUUGUGGAGCAGGGUGUGAAGUUGAAUUAGCUAUGUUCUUGGUUCAGAGUUCAGUUGAACUCCAAAAGAUAACUAUUGAUACAAGGUUACCAACUGAACCGAAAUUGAAGCACUUCCAAACUUGGCAUCAUGAGGAAAACAGAAAGCGUGCUCUAAAACUGCAGGAGAAAAUACUACCUGGGGUUGAAUUCGUUUGUCUUUGACUUGAUAUUGGAAAUUUAUUAUUUUUAUUUUGGAAAAUGUGAGGAUCCAAUUCUAAUGUUUUUUUCUUUUGAUAAAUCUGAAAUUGAAUUUUAAAAAAUAAGUGCAUGCUUGGAAAGCUAUCAAU